AAAAAAAAAACAGGCUGACAGCUAAAAUUGUUUUCUGGAGUCGGCAACGAUUAACAAAAUCUAAAAAAAAUUGUAGUUUUUAGGCAUCAAAUUUAACAAAUUUAGGCAACGCACGUCAAAAGCAACUGAAGAAUAAACUAUUGCCUAAUCGUUCAUCCUACAAAAGCAGACAGACGGAACAUCAACAAAAAUGCCACUGCCAAGCGGUUCCUUCUCCCAACAGGGCGGCCCUACAUGCUUUGAUAAGAUGAAGACCGGCUUCACCAUUGGCUUCUGUGUGGGUAUGGCCAGCGGAGCGCUCUUCGGCGGCUUCUCGGCACUCAGAUACGGUCUGCGAGGUCGUGAACUGAUUAAUAAUGUGGGCAAAGUGAUGAUACAAGGCGGCGGCACUUUUGGCACCUUCAUGGCCAUUGGCACAGGAAUACGCUGCUGAAAGUUCUGCAGUCUUGUUCGGAACUCGAUGGCAUUUCUUCUGGUCUAAUAUUGAGAGAUACCCAGAUGAUUCCUCCAGACUUCUACUCCCCCAAAAAAACAAAAAUGAAACUUAAAAAAUAAGUUGUCGAGUUAUAUCGUUACAAAAAUGCUGUUAGAAAUUAUGCUAUAAGUUAUUGCAAUAGACGAGUUGUUAAGCCAAAAACCAAAA